CCCCAAACUGGGUGGCAAAACAGUCCCAUUCGUUGAGGGACCUUGCAGAUUAUACUUAGCUGUCUAGUUACCAUCCUCGCAUGUACAUGGAGUAUUCAGCACCUCAACAUUCCCGCUCCAAGUAGCUAUCGGUCCCUUGUUUUGGCACGGAAGUUCAAGUGGUUUGUGAUCACAAUACUCUUUCCUGAGUUUAUUCUUGUCCACGCAAUCCUUGAUUUCCUCCUAGCGCGCAAAACAUGAAAGAGAUGAGAGAGGUUUCUACCUAUCGGCGUCCAAGAUGGCCAGACUUCUAGACCUCGAUUGUCACGACUUUUCAGUUCCCACCGAAGUGCUACUUCUAAGAGCUCUAUAGAGAGUUCCGAGAGUAAGUUGACAAAUGGCCCGCCCAUCUACAAGACUCAAGCCAACUCCGGUAUGGAAAUAGACGAUCACGCAUGCCUAUUGCGAACAUGGGUGGGUUCCGCCUGAAUUUUGUAGCUGCAGACGAACAGAACCUGGAGUCUAUCAUUCGGAUUGAACAUGGCGAAACCCAAUCCACAACACUCGUUCUCAAUGCGAUUCAGUUCGCAAUGAUGCUAAGAGAUGGUGGUAUUACGGAGCUGCCGGAUCUAUCAGAUGAAGACAUCCAGGACAAAAGCAAAUCAGAUCCAUUCACAAAGCUUGUUGUCCUCGUUCAGAUUCUGUGGCUAGUCAUAUCAAUCCCGACACGAGCUGGGAUGCACUAUUCAACAUCUCAGCUGGAGGUCUUGACUCUUGCUUUUGCAGUGUGUAGCUUGCUAUCGUAUGUGUUCAGCUGGCAUAAGCCCCAGGAUGUGGGCACAGCUUUCGUUUUGAAAGGCCAGCCAGGUUUUUUUCACGAGAACGAAACGAGAGAAAGAAUCAUCAAGCUUAGACAAGGGCAGGCAGAUAGCUUUCGGACAGCGAUUUCUGCGCCAGGAAACAGACCAAAAGGCGACCAACUAUUCAGCCGCAUACCGAAUGAUAGUGUAUCAUCAUUGAGACAGAACCUCCCUUUAAUCAUCAUACUUCUGGAGCGUGGUGACCAUUGGCUUCGGAGCUAUUUAUCUCAUCGCCUGGAAUUAUACGUUUCCCACAACGAUAGAACGUUGGAUCUGGCGAGGAUCGACACUGAUUGCCAUCUGCUUUCCAGUGUAGCCCUGUUGAUAAAUGGUCUGUCUGCGGGUCUCGCUAUCAGUGAAAAGCAAUCCGGAGAAGCCUUUGCGUCAACCUUGUUCGACAUAUCCAAAUCUAUGGAAGCUGAGAGACCGAAAGCAAAUCGGCCUUUUUCGCAAAUCCCAGACGAUGUCAAAGUGAGCAUAGCUCGUUAUGCUCGAUAUGGCUUGAUCGAGACUUGAACUGGAUUACUGGAACGUUAUAACAUUCAC